AUGACGAGCUCAUCGUGGUCCUCGUCGUGGUGUCUGGAAUCACAGUUUUUCUUCUUCUUUUUCGAUUAUAAUAAUGCAUAUGCAGCCUCCAUUAGCAACAUCGAAGGGUUCAAGGCAGAGGACCAUUGGCAUUAUAUUGCUAAUGGGUUUACCACAAGGGAGGGGGAUAAAUGUCCUACUGUGGAUGUUUUCUUUUUAUGGGUUCUCACCUCAACUGAGGUUUAUGCUGAUUUACCUUUUCACUUGGCUGAUUUCCUUACAGUUCGGGCAGCUAAGGACAGGCGUGGGUCCCCGCUUAAUGGCGGUAUGUGGAUUACCCAACUCGCACAAUCUUUUGGUAUUUUUGAGAAGUGGGAGGCUUCUUUGCUUACAGUUAAACCUCAAAAGACCUUUUCCACUCUUCUUUAUAAGAGGGCUCAGAUUGUUGUUGGUCAUGGAAUGGUUGGUUUUAGCAUUCCUGACGAUACUCCACGACACCAUGUUCCAAUCCGUGGAAGGCAACGGGGAAAUGAAGCCGAAGCAGGUGAGCCAGUGAUACCGGGAGAAGAUGAGAUGCCCAUGGAUCCUUACAGUAUGGCAAGGAGACGAUAUAAGGACUAUAUGUCUAGUGCAACAAAUUACACCAACAUGAGCCUAGAUCAUUUAAUGAGCUCUAUGUGUGUAUCUCGUCCGGAGCAUUUUCCUUCUGCGUACCCACAUGUUCCAACGUGGGGCGACAUUUGGCGAGAGCAGUUGGGUGGAGCUGGAGGCAGUGGUGGUGGAGCUAGUGAUGAGGCAGAAGAUUGA